AUGUUACUUUUAACCUUAGUUAGCCACAUAAAUGGUGAAAUCAGUCCUAACGAUGCUAUUCUUUCGGAACAUUUUCAAACUUGGUUAGAUAGUCGUGGUUAUAAAGAUGAGAAUUUCGCUCGAGAUAAAGGUUUUAGUUUUGGCGGUUGCACUUCUGAUUCCGACAAAUUUCAUCAAAUUCCGAUUAUUUUCGUACAUGGAAACAGUGAUAGAGCUGUUGGUAAUGCCACAGGACAACGCGGUUGGACCAAUUCUAUCAAUUAUUUCCUAUCCAAAGGUUAUAGUCCGUGCGAAUUAUACGCUAUUACUUGGGGACCUGCUGAUACUUUACUCUUCUCUCAACAGUAUCAUUCAUGGCCUUACUUACUUCGUGUGCGAAAAUUUAUCGAAGCUGUAAAAGCUUAUACAAACUACCCUCAAGUUAAUAUUAUUGCCCAUUCUAUGGGAGUUACCCUGGCUCGUAAGGCAAUUAAAGGUGGCACAGGUUAUGAUGAAGAUCAUGGCGGUUAUUACGAUCUUGGUAAUCCAUUACCUUACGUGGAUACAUUUAUUGGUAUUGCCGGUGCAAAUUUGGGUAUAUUUUCUUGCUUUCUAUCGGGUCCAAUUACUCCAUUUUGUAGUGAACUAAAUGGUUUCUAUCCGGGUUAUAAGGAUGAGGGUCUUGGUCCGUAUAGUAUGUCGGAAUUUUUAACCCAAUUAAAUUCAGAUCCAUUUAGAGAAGCUGAAUAUAUCUUUACAAUAUGGUCAAAAGUUGAUGAAGUAAUCGGAACUGGCUGUCGAGUUUACAAGAAAGUAACUAGUCGAUGUAUAGGACAAAAUGAUGAAAAAUUCUAUUCUACAGAACCUUAUGGCCAUAUUGGUGUCAAAGACUUAACUAGCAGUGUUCAAUUUGAUAUCAUUACCAAUCACCAAAUAAAUGCUGGCGUCCAAGAUCAGUUCCUUUAG